UGGAGUAAACAUUACGUGUGAUUGGGGUGUGAGUUGUUCUAAAAUGUGCGGGCAUUCGUCUCAGUUUUUUUAAAUGUAAUUGCUGAAUCUUUAUCCAGCAUGGCGCUUCUUCGCUGCUGUCCUUUUCUGUGUCUUUUGUUGAUCACUUGCGCGAAUGGUGUCUUUUCUCUUGGGGAUGUAAUUUACGCUAUCAACGCCGGUGGGGAAUCUCAUGUCGACUCCCACGGUAUCCACUAUCGCCGAGACCCUUUGCACGGUCGGAUCGGUACGGCGUCCGACUAUGGCAAACAGCUGAUCAUAAGCCGUGUACCAAAGACUGAUCAGAUCCUAUACCAGACUGAAAGGUAUCACAUGGCCACCUUCGGCUACGAAAUCCCGGUCAACAGAGACGGACAUUAUGUACUGGUGUUGAAAUUCUGCGAGGUUUACUUUGCAUCACCUGGAAUGAAGGUCUUUGACGUCACACUAAAUGGAGUGCAUACAGUUGUUUCGGACUUGGACAUCUUUGCAAAAGUGGGCAAGGGUGUUGCUCAUGAUGAAUACAUCCCUUUCGCUGUCACGGGCAACAAGCUUGUGGUGAAUGAGGAAGAAUCUGAGCAUGAUGGGAAGAUAAGGGUUGAGUUUAUUAAGGGUUACCGGGAUAAUCCCAAAAUAAAUGCAAUUUACGUAAUACGAGGAACUCUGACAGACGUUCCCACCCUCCCUUCUCUGACGCCGGACGACAAGGAAGAAGAGGAGGGGGAAGAGGCUCAGACAGCCACCGAGGACAAGAAACCUUCACCGGUGAGGUACCCUAGUGGACCCCGUGUGCCCAACCCAUAUGACACGGAGGACUCCAACACCAUGCUGCCCAUCUUCAUUGCCCUCGGUGCCUUCCUGCCGGUGCUUUUCGUCCUCUGCAGGCUAUGACGGACAACUUAGAUAUGAAUGAGUCAUUAGACAUGUAUGGAGUGUUUCAUAUUGUCUGUCAUUGCCUUAGAGUGUUUUAAAGAAUCAUCUAGUCACGUAUUUGGAAAAAAAUGAGUUCAGAAACCAAAAGCAUUCAGGCCAUUUUUUUUUCAACUUGUGUGUUCCGGUGAUGCAAACCUGUUGACAUUCCCUUAUAUCAUCUUUAUGUUUUUGAUAAAUGUCUUUUUGUUUUUGUUAUUUUGUGUCUGUGAACAUUAAAUACUGUAUUUAUGUGAACAGUAAGCAACAAUUUGUGAUGGGGCAGGCAAAUUGUCAUUUUUUAAAACUCAGUAUUAUUGAAUAUUUUUUAAGAUGAAUUAAAAGGUUCAAUAAAUCAAAUUUUUAUCAUA